AUAGAGACGCUCAAGGCCGGCCAAGCUUUGCAGCUCUUCCGCAGGCCCAGCCAGGGAGAAUGGAGAGCUACGAGAAAAUCCUCAGGAUUGGCCAAGGUGCGAGUGCGGAGGUUUUUCUCAUGAGGAACACGAGGACAAAGCAGCUGUUUGCAGUGAAGAAGGUCAAGAUGAACCCAAACAAGAGGCUGCAGAGCAAGGAAGCUGUGCUGCAGGAGGUGGCCAUCUUGAGCACCCUCCAGCAUCCCCAUGUGGUGGCAUGCCAUGACCACUUCUUCGAUGCAGAGCAGGAGCACGUCUUCAUAGUCCAAGACUACUGUGACAGCGGAUCCCUGGAUGUGCACAUCAAGAUGAAGAGAGAGGGCUACUUCCCUGAGGCCACUAUUAUGGAAUGGUUCGUGCAGCUCGCUAUGGCCGUCCAGUACAUCCACUCCUUGAAGAUCCUGCAUCGAGACAUCAAGGCGUCCAACGUGUUCCUCACAAGUACACGGAUGCUGAAACUGGGUGACUUUGGCAUCUCCAAGGUCAUGGAUAGCACUCUGGAUAUGGCAAGUACCUUUGUGGGCACCCCUUAUUACCUGAGCCCUGAGCUCUGCAAGGAUGUGCCCUACAGCUCCAAAUCUGAUGUCUGGGCAAUGGGCUGUGUUCUUUUUGAGCUGUGUGCACUGAAGCCCCCCUUUAUCGGCCUGAGUUUGGGUAGCUUAUUUAAUAAGAUUGUGAAAGAAGACUAUGCCCCUGUGCCAGAGUGUUACUCAGAACCUCUCCACAGCUUGGUCCAAGUCAUCCUGAAGAAGAAUCCAGAGGAGAGGCCCAGUGCUGGCAACAUCCUCAACACCCCAUAUGUUCAGGAGCACCUCAGACUCUUCCUUCUCUAUCAAGAAAUCUUGAACAAGCCACCCUGGGAAGCAUCACAUGAUGGAGAUGGUAGUAGUCUCGGCCCACCUGGAUUGCACCAGCCAGAGCCACAGGACUAUGCAGAUGAAAAAGACCCCCUGGCAGGAUCUAUCCCAUUUUGUGCUCACCAACAGCAUACUGAACACCACGACCCAGACGAUGCGUCUAGCAUCCCAAGCAGUGGCUCCGAUUACUCAGAAGACUUUGAAACCUCAAGCAACUCCACAAUCAGCAGCAGUUCAGAGGAAGAUACUACAGAGAUCACGGAGACGCCAACCGAGACUGACUCUGAUGAAUGGGGGCUGACCAGUUAUCCAGAGGACUUUGAGGACUCCGAGGAAGAACUGGAGGAAGCUGAGAAUGAUCUCCAGCAUAAUCCACAGGAGGCCAAAUCCUCCUCUCCUCUGGGCAAGCUGCACCUGUACAGAGGCGAGGACAGCGGCUGUGGAAGUGAGGAAAACAGCUUGCCCUGCGAGGGCUUGCAACCUGCAACUGAGCACAGAUGGGACUCUGAACACUUGGAGACUUGUUACCUGCUCCAAAGCCUGGACCUGGAAAGCACCUAAAGGAAGUGGAACUAUGUAAAAGCUGCUUUGAAGGCCAGUUUGGACACCCCACGGGGCUUCUGUAAUGUACCAGCAGCCAGAAGCUGGUUACAAGGGGCAAUGCUGUAUGCUGCUGUGGCUAGUGCUGCACCGCCUACCCUCAUUCAUAGGAGCAAACCUCAUCCUUCAUGGGCUCUGAGGCAGUAGUGCGAUGAUCACCUGACCACCCCUCAUACUCUACUUUGAGGCCGAGGCCACACAGCACCUCCUUCCCUGUUUGCAUCAUAGAGGCAUAAGAGCCCAGUCUCAAGCUGUGGCUUGUCAAGAGAUGUUGCCUAAAAUUCCUACUGGUGUGGAUAGUUUGGCAAAAAAAACACCCCAUUUCUCUAGUAUAUGAUUCACUCAAGGUGACUCAUCUGUCAGAAGCAGCCAACAAUCACGCUACUGCAUUUUAACCACUGCAGGUUUCCCAGUCAUCAAUCUGAUUCCUUUGCCCAACUCCUGUAAUUUUGGCACCUUAUAUGCCCCCAAAUCACUGCCCUUUUCCAAUGGAGAGAAGCCUGAAAGUCCAAUUUCCUUGCAUACUAUGUCCCCAGCCCU